UUUCUCAAUUCUACCAAGAACUCAUGACGACAUACUAGGCAGUUUGCCGGUACAAGCCUCAUAGGGAGCUACACCUUUUAAAAUGUGACUAACCUAUGCCUGAAAGGAAUAAUUAUUUCUAUUUUAUUUGUCUUGAUGGAAGUGUUUUUCUAGUUGCUGCGGGCAGAUCAUUUGGAGUAAACAGGAAAGCACAAGACUUGUCAAAAAAACGUGUUAGGGCAACACCUUGGUUUGCAAGGAAUAGGUAGAAGGUCUGAUCAUAAAUGUGGGGGGUUUUGCAUCUCUUGUUUUUAAGCUAGACUUUUAAAGUAGACGAGGUCUUUAAUGUGCUGGUUUGCAGCACAGGAAGUCUGAUUUUCAGUGUGAUAACACAUUCUUUGACAUUAACCAGUACAGUUGGAUUUUUAAUGACACUUUCAUCUUCAAAGGCCUUUACCAACACAGAGGAUUAAUUAUUCAUUUUUGGGUUGUGUGUUAAAAAGAUAAAUCUUCAAAGACAUCAUCCUUUCUCCUUGGAAUAGGGGCUCUCCACCUUUCAAAUGCUGCUUUUUUUUUUGCCCCCAAGGGGAAAUUUUUUUUUUUUUUAAGAAAAAGAAUACAAUGGGAAAAUACUCUUUGCAAGAUGGAAAACUGAUGUUCUUAUAUCCUGGGUGGGAUUAGAAGAGGUCGGAGAAGCAGUAUUUAAGCUGUGUUUACAGUAAGCAUUCUAGGAAAAAAAAGAAGACUAAAGGUGUUUGUUACUGUUCAGUCUUUUGAUGUGUUCUUAAAAAGCAGCAGGUACACAUAAAGCCCCUUGCCUUCAAUCUAAGUUGAAAAGUAAUAUGCCUACCCCUCGUUGCUAAAAUGUUUUUUUUUCCCCUGUUCCUUUCGAAAAAUGCCUAACUGGUUUUUCUUAAGAUUUAGUUUGGAGCAGAAAACCUCAAGCCUCCCCUGGGGUCCUCCUUGACAUGACACAUAACCACAAGAGAGCAGUCUUUGCUUUGAUGAGGUCUCUCCACCUCCCCAGAAAUGAAAGAGCAAGUGCAAGUUUGCAAACACUCUAAAAGCUCCUUCCAUUAGACCUGGACGCCGGAAGCCACAAAGGGCAGUCAAGUUUUGCUUUUCAAGGAGAAGCGCUGGCGAAGUUUCGCUCUGCUGCCAGGAGAUCUGUUAGGUCCCUGGGAGGAAAGCUCUUCUCAAAUCUUAAGGAUUCCUAGACUCUUUGUGAACGACUCAUCUCUUGAAGACCCAUGGAGGUGGAUUACAGGAACUGAAAAGCUGGGGUGUCUCUGGAAGAUUAUUUGCUGUGCGCUCACAUUUCCCGGCUAGAGGACUCAGCCGAGUAUCCCUCUUUGUUACCUUUUGAAAUAAGAGCAGAGGGCAAGUUUGAAGUGUAGAGAAAGGGGUCCCAAAUCUUUGCCUAUCACUUCGUCUGAAUCUUCAUCAAGGAGUGCAAUGAACUUCGGGCAUCACGCAGAGCACUUGAAGCUUGUCCUCGAACCUGGCUUUUGGGCCCAGAAUCUUCUCCCAAACCAGACCUGCCGCUGUGCGCGGCCGGCUGUAUGGACCAGCACCUCCUCUUCGAAGGUUUAAAAGUUCUUCUAUUGAUAGGUCGGGUGAUCUCUUGGAUGAUCUCUUUGCUUUUCGGCGAAUAAUGGAGAAACGUAAACCCGCGGGACUGCUGACCUUGCCCCUGCGCUCGGUGGCCUCAGGCGUGCCAGGGAUCCUGCCCCGACUCCCUCUUAGGGACUCCUUCAGGGUCUCCUUGCGCCUGGACGCUGCGUGCUGGGAACGGGCGCACGCAGGCUGUGCACGGAGGCAGGCGUACCUGCCCCUGCCUCUGGAGGGCGCCUUCGAGCCCGCCUUCCUCCGCAAGCGCAACGAGCGCGAGCGACAGCGGGUGCGCUGCGUGAACGAGGGUUACGCGCGUCUCCGAGACCACCUGCCCCGGGAGCUGGCUGACAAGCGCCUCAGCAAAGUCGAGACGCUCCGUGCCGCCAUCGGCUACAUCAAGCACCUGCAGGAGCUGCUGGAGCGCCACGCCGGGGGGGAGGAGGGCGCGGCCGGCACCUCCCCCCAGCGCAGGGCCGAAUGCAACAGCGACGGCGAGUCCAAGGCCUCCUCGGCGCCUUCGCCUUGCAGCGAGCCCGACGAGGGGGGCAGCUAACCUGCGCCCCGACCCCGCCGGGACCCUGACGCCCACUGCCCUGCGUGCGUUCGGACUCUCGGUCUCAGAUUCUAUCCGAAGAUAGUUUGCAUCUCUCACCUGGUUUCUUCUCCAAGCCUAAAUCUUAGGAAAAAGCGAUGCGUGCUUGGGCGGCAGGGGAGAUAUUUGACUUUAGGAUGUUUCCUCCCUCUUAUUAGGUAGGUGACUGCAACUUAAAGGUGCUAAGAAAACGCUUUUGUUGCACUUCUAAAAUACAAGCGUUCCAGAUUCUGAGCGCUUCAUUCUACAUAGAGUAUUCUAAAAACUCUUUAUGUUGAGCAUUGAAAUUUCCCACAGUCGGUGUUGUGGGUGAAUUAUUUACUUAACUAUUCAGCUUCAACCAAAGAGGACCUUUACCACCAAAAAUAAAUAAAAAGACAAUCCUUUGUUGCAUUCCUUCCUGUGGGAAUUGUGUUAGAAGGUUCAUGGGCACCGUGCCUCCGGGAAAGUGACUCAACUAUGGAGGACGCGUUUGGCAGCGCUGCGCUGCGGCUGCUGUGGACUCUGGGAAUGAUCGUGUUAGAGAAGCUGACCUGUAUUUGAUACACCCUCUUUUACUAACAAGGGGCCACGUGGAACCCUCAUAACAUGUAGCAGAUUAUAAAAUAAUCUGAGCGUUACUGAUCUCUUCCGAAGAGAGGCCGGAUUUAUGUGGCAACGUAUUUUUCCUCUGUUGUGUUUGUCCACUAUUUUUUUCAUUUCCCUUUUCUUGGCAUUUCUCUGUAAUCCUCACUCCAUCUAACCGCUGGUUACACUAAAGUGAAACUGACUUUAGCAAUUAAAAAAGAAAUAGACUUGGAUGUGCCUCUUCCAGGUGGAACUGGCCGCUGGGAAGGAUUGUGAGUCCAGAGGGGUGGGUUGAGCUGGCACGUUCCCAAACUUCCCAUCACCUUCGGGGCUGUCAGGAACAUUGAAAUGAUCUAGCAACCUGGGCUACGUUACCUGUCUUUGAAAAAUUAUUUAUUCCGGCCUUUUUUGAGAAAAAAAUGAUGAGUCUAUUGGGUAAAUGUUUAUUGGCUUACAAGAUGAACCUCUCAAGCUGUUUUGCCCUUUCCUGUGGGUAUGGCCGGGCGCAGAACGGGGGAAGUGGGCAAGGAGUAUUAACGUUGGGAGCACUUCCCAGUAACUGUGCAUUUCACUUAGUCCCCACAUAGGUUUUAUUACA